UGUAAAUAGAAGAUAAAUGUGAGAACGGGGAACCAAUAUAAACCGUAGAUUAUGGGAGAUCAAACGGUUGAGCAUGCUGCGGCUGUUUAAUUCAUUUUAUUAAGAAAGGGUUUAUUUGACUUUUGACACAUAACACAUAACCGAAUUGAGUUCUAUCAUCCCUAUAAUCAUGCGUUCAUGAUUGCAUGAGAUCUUCUAUUUUUGGUUACAACUUAGAUAUUACAUUUUAGGUUUUUAUUUUCUCCACUACAUUCUUUACGGCCGUUUCACACGUUCUAUUUUCUAUUCUGUUCACCAUGGCAUCUUCUCCAUCAAUGGCGGACCAGCGUGCUUCUCCAUCAAUGGCGGACCAGCACGAUGUAAACACAUGGACGGAAGAUGAAAUAACGCAGUUGAUUAUCCCUAAGUGUGAUAGAGAUUUAAUUCCGAGGAUUGGACAAGCCUUCCGUACUCUUGAAGAAGGAGUUCAAUUUUAUUACAGAUAUGCAAACACGAGUGGUUUUGGUACACGUUUGAGUUGUCGGAAAAAAGCAGAUGAUGGAACCAUAACACACAGGCAUAUAGUUUGUAAUCGAGCAGGCCUCAAGAGUGACAGUAAAAGUUCGUCGUCAAAGAAAUCCACGAAGCCUAAGAAGAAACGCAAAACGGUCUCCACUAGAGUUGAUUGCAUGGCACGUAUCGUGUUUCGUUUGGAAGCUGUGGUUGGGUAUGUGGUUCACGACUUUUCUGAGGAACACACACACCACAUGGUCCCUGCUUCCAAACGUCAUCUUAUGAAGUCACGUCGGAACGUCGGCUAUGUCCAUCAAAUGUUCCUUCUUUGUGGUAUGAAGGCAAACAUUGGACCCAUGAGGACCUUUCGUUUUUUCAAGGAGAUAGUUGGUAAUUAUGAUGACGUUGGAUGCACAAGUAUAGAUUUUAAGAACUAUGCUCGAGACCUUAGGGUCCAUACGGAAGGUGUUGAUGCUAAAAUUCUGCUAGACAAUUUGAAGAAAAAGCAAGAGAAGUCCCAAGGUUUCAAGUAUUAUUUUGAAACUGAUGAAGAAGCUCAACUGAAGAGGAUGUUUUGGUCAGACGAGACGUCAAUUCAGAAUUACCAAAAAUUCGGAGAUGCCGUGUCAUUUGAUGCAACUUAUUCAACCAAUAGGUACAAGCUCAUUUUUACACCAUUCACCGGGAAAGAUAACCAUGGGAGGUGUGUAACCUUUGGAGCAGCUUUGAUAUCGAACGAGGAUGUGGAUUCCUAUACAUGGGUUCUCAACAAGUUUGUUGAGUGCAUAGGAUCUCACCCUUUAGUAUUUAUCACAGACCAAGAUCUGGCGAUGAAGAUAGCUAUAGAAAAUGUGCUACCUAAAACGUCUCACAGAUUGUGCAUGUGGCAUAUACUAAUGAAAGUUGUUGAAAAGUUGCCAAGGCAUUUAAGGGACAACACUGAGCUGAAGGAAAGAUUCAAUAAUAUAGUUUGGUCGGAUCUUGUUGAGCCGCAUGAAUUCGAGCAGAAUUGGCAUCGUUUUAUGGAGGAGUAUGAUCUAUUUGAGAGUAGGUGGUUCACUGAUAUGUUUCACAGGCGUGCUAACUGGGUAUCUUCAUAUUUUCGUGAUGUCAAGAUGAGUGGUCUUUUUAGGACAACGUCUAUGUCAGAGAGCGAGAACAGUUUCUUCAGGCGCCAUUUUAAUAAAGAUGCAAAUGUGGUUCAGUUGUUCAUGCAUUAUGAAAGUGCUAUGGAUGCACAACGCACUUCAUACGACACUAUCACUAUGGCGGAUGAAACCAGCUCAUUUGAUAUGUGCACAGACUUACGUAUAGAAGUUCAUGCUUCAAAUAUAUACACGAACAAAAUAUUCAAGGAUGAGAUACAACCUGAAAUCGUGGCUGCUGCUGUAUCUUGUCUGAUGGCACGCAUGUACGAUGAAGGUAAUCUCAGUUACUAUGAGGUUGACGACACAGUUCAUGGAGUAUUUAAAGUGUGCUACAGUUCUAUCGAUGAUCACUUCUCUUGCUCUUGCAAGCUGUUCAUCAGAAAGGGUUGGUUGUGCAAACACAUUUUCUUUGUCAUGCGAACAAGAAAAUUGAACAAGAUUCCUGAAAAAUAUAUUAUCGCACGCUGGACCAAACUUUCACAGAUGAGCCAAACCCCGCAUGAACAGAAUAUGCCGGAGCCCGUGGUUGUAAAGGAUGACCUCCCAAUACAGAAAUUCUUUCUUGAAGUUUGUAAGAGUUUCGGCCAUGUACGAGGGGAUUCUUCGCUGGGUCAGCAGCUAUACAACGAUUUGAAGGGUAUCACUGAUAAAUAUUUGAAGUUGGGAGUACCAUUUGAUUCAAUGUCGAAGCAUGCAAUGUUUGAAGAAUUUUAUGGUGUACCCAAACCUACUGAGAUUGAUGUAUUACCGCCUCCUGUAGUGCACACUAAGGGCAGUGGCUGUGGUGGGAGGAGGAAAUCCACAAGGGAGAAAAUGAUUGAACAAGCACUCAAGCCUAAGAGGAGAUGCAGGAAAUGCAAUCAGAUGGUAAACCACGAUUCACGUAAUUGUCCUGGGAAGGAUGUUACAGAUGAGUUAGUGGAUGUUUGAAUUGUUUUAUUCAGCAACUUUGUCAUUUUACAGUUAAUUUAUUACGUUUGUUAUUUGUCAUUAUGACUCGUACAAUUUCGUCAAUUGUCGUGGGAACGAUGUUUCAG